CUACAUUCAUACUGUAAACAAGCAGUACAGGGAACAAAAAAAUCUAUCGAUUUAUAUACAUACAUAUUCAUUUGGUAUUGUCAUUUUAUUUGAAUCUUCUGAUUGUUGUUUAGGACUGUAAUUGAUCAGUCUCUUAUUAGCAUAUAUAUUCAUCCUCUACGGAAUGCAUCGAUAUUAUGUUAAGUCACAAACCUUAUAAGCAAAGAUAGAUAGUGACUAGCACGUGCGUUUCAUCCUAUUCAGGACUCGUCAGCUAGAUAUACCUACAUCUCACAGUUGAUGUUCACUCUGGAACUCAAACUCAGUACCGUACACUUCAUAUGCUAUCGCGUUAUCAAUUAAGUAACUGUGUCCUGGUAGCUACUCUAUUGUGCAAUGGAGUAAAGUUUAAAUUCACUUGGUAUUGUCUACUUGAAUCUUCCUGUCUAUGUUAAGGACAGCAAUUGAUCUAAUUCUUAUUGGCAUAUAUGCAUCCAGUGCGUAUUGCAUCGAUAUUGUAUUAAUUCACGAGCAUUCUAGGAAUUCUAAGACAAUAUCAAUGGGAAGAUUCAAGUAAACAAUACGAAGUGAAUUUAAACUUCACAAACAAGUGCUUAUCAAGACUCAAUAGCUAAAUAGACAACAUGAUACCGUUUAAGGUAAACGGUACUGGGUUGGAGUCCCGGGGUGAACAUCAACUGUGGUGUUAUGUUUUGUAUAACAUCAAUAUUUGUCAUUUAAAGAUCACCGACGAUUAUACAAAGCUUUAGCUAUACAGUUGUCAGAUGUCACUCUUGUAUCUUAUAUCAAAUUUAUUAUCGGUCAAUGUUCUCCCUUACAGUGUUCUUUCAUAUUUACACUUAAAUUGUAACAAUCACUGGUAAUCACCAAACUGGACGUUUGAAUAAUGUCAGAGUACAUAUAUACGUGAUUAAGAUUAGUCAUUAUACAUCUUAUAUAGAUUGAAAUCAUGAGACAAUCGAAGCUAGACCACCAUGGAAAACCUGGAAGCACUGGACGGCCGUUUCGUCCUAGCAUGGGGCUCCUCAGCAGUGCGAAUCCACGGUCUCGCACCCCGUGAGAUUCGAACCCAGGACCUAUCAGUAUCGCGUCAGGCACUUAACCAACUAGACAACUGAGCAUCUUAUAUAGACAGAUUAUUAUCAUUUGAAGAUAAAGUUUUACCACUUUCAUAAUUCUCAAAUCAGACACAGAAGUAUUUUGACUUCUAAACAUUUCACCACUUUUGAAACCUCUUUAAAGUAGGUCAGAUAUUAUGAUCCUCAAGGGUGGUUGGUUGUUAUUAUUAAUAAAUAUGUCUAUAAAUAAAAAAAAACAGUUAACCAUACUUGGUGAUUAGAAUAAGUUCUUGAAAGAACCUUCAGGUUCUGUUCUCCCCAAUUUUCUUAGAAUUCACAAACCUAAUAACCCAUCUUCUACGCAUAAACGAACUAAAUGGUUAGUAAAAUUGUUAAUCCUAAUUUGUUAAAAGAUACAUUUGAUUUUGAUAAUGCACUCCUUUGAUGUAAACUCUCAUUUACACGAAUAUACCAUUAACUAAGAUUGUGGAUUUCUUUUGUGACUAUAUAUCUAUCAAUUUUUCCCAUUUUUCCUAUUCGAUCAUCAUUGUUGAAUGAAUUACGUUUAUUAUGUACUACAAAUGUUCAAUUGGACGAUCUAGACUUCGCAGAUGAUCUGGCCCUUCUAUCCCAAACGCAACAACAAAUGCAGGAGAAAAUGACCAGUGUAGCAGCAGUCUCAGCAGCAGUAGGUCUCAAUAUACACGAAGGGAAAAGCAGGAUUCUCCGAUACAACACAGCAUGCACCAAUCCAAUCACAAUUGACGGAGAAGAUUUAGAAGAUGUAAAAACCUUUACAUAUCUGGGCAGCAUCAUUGAUGAACAGGUACGAUCUGAUGCAGAUGUGAAAGCGCGGAUCGGUAAAGCGAGAGCAGCAUAUUUACAACUGAAUAACAUCUGGAACUCAAAACAACUGUCAACCAACUUCAAGGUCAUAAUUUUCAAUACAAAUGUCAAGACAGUUCUACUGUAUGGGGCGGAAACUUGGAGAACUACGAAAGCCAUCAUCCAGAAAAUACAAGUGUUUAUUAACAGUUGUCUACGCAAAAUACUUAAAACCUGUUGUCCAGACACUACGGUGGGAGAGAAAAAUUAGAUUCCAGAGGAGGAAGAAAUCAGGAAGAUGUGCUGGAAGUGGAUAGGACACACAUUGGGGAAAGCACCAAACUGAGUCACAAAACAAGCCCUCACAUGGGAUCCUCAAGGUCAAAGGAGGAGAGGAACAUCAAAGGACACAUAGCACCGAGAAAUGGAGACAGACAUGAGAAGAAUGAACAAGAAUUGGAUGGAACUAGAAAAGAGGGCCCAGGACAGAUUGGGUUGGAGAAUGCUGGUCGGCGGCCUAUGCUAUAUUAGGAGUAACAGGCGUAAGUAAAUUUCUUCUCCUCUACGUCCGGAACAAAUUUCCUAUAUCCUUAGUCGUAAUAAAACAUUCGAUGAAAUUUCUAUGCCAUCUGCAUGGAUUGCACCAUUUCCAUCCAAAUGUGUCACUGGAAAAUUUACACCUACAUCAUUCAAAUCAGAUAAUAGUCAAAUUGAUCAUCUGCAUCAACGUAUAAGUCCUAGUCUUAUACAAACAACUCAAUUGAAUAUUCAACCGAAUGUAACAACUUCACAAUUAGAUCAUCAACAAAAGAUUAAAUCAAAUCAAUCAUGGUCAAAAACUACUGAUGAUCCAUAUGGUACAUCAUUAGUAUGUAGUUUAUCAGCUGAAUUAGCAAGUGUUGGUAGACAAAGAUUUCGUUUAACUUAUAUUACAGAUCGUUUAUUAGUCGUAAGCUAUCCACCUGAAGCAACCAAAACUGAUCAUAAUGAAGGUGCUCGAUGGUUAUGUAAAGCAUUUGAAAAACGUUAUGGUGAAAACUAUAGGAUAUUUAAUCUGUCCGGAUUCACCAAAGAAUUACACUUUUCAAGUCGAACUCCUGUAAUUGAUUUGUUCUGGGCAGGAAAACUUGCUCCCGCUUUAGAACAACUAGUGACAGCUAUUGAUCAGUUAGACUUUUGGCUUCAUAAUCAUGAUAUUCCAUCAACAAAUGAUAUCAAAAAAUCUAAAGAAAUCAACAAUAUAAAUAAUCGUGUAGCUGUUCUUCAUUGUACCGGACCAAAAUGUUUAUUAGCAACAUAUUUAGCUGUUUAUAUGUGUCAAUCAAAAGCAAGAUUUGGUCCAUUAUACGGACAAAGACCUGGUUCACCAACUGCACGUGGUUUACAAUGGAAUGAGAAUCGAUUAAGAAGGUAUGUGUUCUUAAAAGCCGAUCAUUUUGAUUUCUACAUUGUAGAUAUCACUGUUAGUUAUAGAGACAAAUAUUUGUAGAUAUAUUGUCUACUGUAUGAAUGUUUUGAUUUGAUUUAUGAGUAUAGAAUAAGACCAAAAUUGGAGAAAUGUAAAGAUGCCAAAAGUAUUUGAAGUUCGACAACACCUUA